AUGGCGGAGGAGGCGGCGCGGCGGGCGGUGGCGGAGCUGCCGCUGCUGCGGACGGCGGCGGGGCCGCGGGACCGGGAGGGCUGGGCGCCGCGGCUGAAGGAGGAGUACCGCGCCCUCAUCCAGUACGUGGAGAACAACAAACGCGCCGACAACGACUGGUUCCGCCUGGAGUCCAACGCCGAGGGCACCCGGUGGUUCGGGAGGUGCUGGUACGUCCACGAGCUGCUCAAAUACGAGUUCGCCAUCGAGUUUGAUAUCCCGGUGACGUACCCCUCCACCGCCCCCGAGAUCGCCAUCCCGGAGCUGGAUGGGAAGACAGCCAAGAUGUACAGGGGGGGCAAGAUCUGUCUCAGCGAUCACUUCAAGCCCCUCUGGGCCAGGAACGUCCCCAAAUUCGGCUUGGCCCAUCUGAUGGCGCUGGGGCUGGGCCCCUGGCUGGCCGUGGAGAUCCCCGACCUCGUCGCCAAAGGCAUAAUCCAGCACAAGGAGAAGUGAGC